AUGUUCGUACUAAACCAAGAACGACUCAUGAAAUUGCAUGUGAGCAGCAGGGUUAUGAUUGAUAUGAAGCUUUUCCGGAGGAGCAACCCGAAUUAUCCGAAGUUCGAGACUCAAAAGAUCUCCAUCAUUGAUAUAUUUAGCAACACUGUGGAGAGAGUUUCGGUGGACCGGAUUAAGAGUAACGGCAUGGAUCCGAGAAGUAUGAAGGAGCGUGACUUAGUGAGAUGUAGUCCGUCAGUACUUGGAUAUUCCCUGAAUGAGAAAAUCUGGGGAGAGUUUGCGGUGGAGAGCAUUCAACAAAUCAGAUUUUCGCCAUCGCCGUUUGACAUGCUAAGUAUUCCAGACGCAAAGAGAAAAGUCAUAAAGUCUCUAACGGAAAGUCGGACCAACACGGCAAACGAUGACAACGAAAAUGCGGAUGAUAUUGUUGCUGGGAAGGGACAAGGUGUUAUAAUUCUGUUGCAUGGGCCGCCAGGUGUAGGGAAAACAUUGACGGCAGAAACUAUCGCCGAGCAACUUCGGCGGCCACUCUAUUCGAUUUCAACUGGACAACUGAGUACGGAUGCAGGAGAGCUGGAAUUCCAACUGAGUAGGAUUUUCGAUGUGGCAACUGCCUGGAAGGCAGUGCUCUUGCUCGACGAGGCCGAUGUGUAUUUGCAACGACGCAAUAAUCUGCAACUAGAACAGAACCGCAUCGUUGCCACUUUUCUUCGCAAACUGGAGUAUUAUAACGGGAUAUUUUUCCUUACCACCAAUCUACUUAACGAUUUCGAUGAUGCUAUUCUUGAUCGCAUUCAGCUAAAGUUGCUGUAUGAUGACCUUGAUGCAUCGGCUCGGCGGAACAUUCUUGUCCAUUUUCUUAAGGAGGCGAAUGCAGAUAUUGAAGGGAAAGAUCUUAGCAUGUUCUCUGAGAUCAAGUUGAACGGCAGGCAGAUAAAAAAUAUCGUCAAAGUUGCGCGCAAUGUUGCUUUGAGUGAUGGUGUCUGA